UCCGCAGUCGAGGAGGCCGAGGCCAGGGGCGUGUCCUGGGAGGGGCCCCGCCCCGCCCGCGCCCGCGCCCCGCCCUGCCCGGUCGCGGAGCGGCGGCCAGCGCAGGGAGGGCCCGGCCCCGGGAUGCCACACUCAACUCAGCUCUACCAGCAUGUGCCAGAAACACACUGGCCCAUUGUGUACUCGCCGCGAUACAACAUCACCUUCAUGGGCCUGGAGAAGCUGCACCCUUUCGAUGCCGGGAAAUGGGGCAAGGUGGUCAAUUACCUAAAAGAAGAGAAGCUGCUGACGGAUGGCAUGCUGGUGGAGGCGCGGGAGGCCUCGGAGGAGGACCUGCUGGUGGUGCACACGAGACGCUAUCUCAACGAACUGAAGUGGUCCUUUGCUGUUGCUACCAUCACAGAAAUCCCUCCCGUCAUCUUCCUCCCCAACUUCCUCGUGCAGAGGAAAGUGCUGCGGCCCCUUCGGACACAGACCGGAGGAACCAUCAUGGCGGGGAAGCUGGCCAUGGAGCGAGGCUGGGCCAUCAACAUAGGGGGCGGCUUCCACCACUGCUCUAGCGACCGAGGCGGGGGCUUCUGUGCCUACGCCGACAUCACGCUGGCCAUCAAGUUCCUGUUUGAGCGCGUGGAGGGCGUCUCCAAGGCCACCAUCAUCGACCUCGACGCCCAUCAGGGCAAUGGGCACGAGCGGGACUUCAUGGACGACAAGCGUGUGUACAUCAUGGAUGUCUACAACCGCCACAUCUACCCCGGGGACCGCUUUGCCAAGCAGGCCAUCAGGCGGAAGGUGGAGUUGGACUGGGGCACCGAAGAUGACGAGUACCUGAGCAAAGUGGAGAGGAACAUGGAGAAGGCCCUGCAGGAGCACUUCCCGGACGUGGUGGUCUACAAUGCCGGCACCGACGUCCUCGAGGGGGACCGCCUCGGGGGACUGGCCAUCAGCCCUGGGGGCAUCGUGAAGCGGGACGAACUGGUGUUCCGGGUGGUCCGAGGCCGGCAGAUCCCCAUCCUCAUGGUGACCUCGGGGGGGUACCAGAAGCGCACGGCCCGCAUCAUCGCCGACUCCAUCCUCAACCUGCACAGCCUGGACCUCAUCGGGCCCGAGUCGCCCAACGUCUCCUCGCAGAGCUCGGACACGCCGCUGCUCUCGUCCUCGGGGCCCUGACGGUGCUGCCCUGCUAGGUGACACCCAGCUGCCUCCGGGCCCCGCCCGCCACCUGCCUCUAGUGCCGUUUUCCACCCUCGCGGGGCUGUGGGCCCCAGCGACCCGGCGGGGCAGGAAGGAAGGGCGACCGGCCCUGCCUGGGCGCGUCCCCACCGGGUGCCGGGGUCUCGAGUCCUCGCGGGCAGGGCAGAAGGCAGACAGGAAGCCCGGGGGACCCGCGGGGUCCCGGGCCCAUCGGGCCGAGGAGGAGCAGGCGGUCGAGAGGGAGAGAGGGCAGAGGAGCGGGGAGGCCGGCCCGCGAGGCCCACGGAGGAGCCGGCCAGCCACCCGUGGGCUCUCUCCCCUGCAGUCGCGGAGGCCGCGCCGGCCCCUCGCUCCCAGGCGUCAGGAGCCGCGGAGGAGAGUCGCGCCCAGGCGUCCAGGUGGGCCCGCGUCCCGCCAGCAGGCGGAGCCCCUGGGCUGGACGUGGGGCCUGGGGAAGGGACGAGGCGGGGUCUCCAGGCUGGGGUCCCCCUCAAUAAAUAAGGUCUGGACCUGC